AUGGGCAACACGGCGUCUGCGGGGCCCAAAAUUACGUCUCAGGACAAGGCGAUUUUGCAGCUUAAAUUGCAGAGAGACAAGCUGCACAAAUCGUCGUUGAGAAUUCAAACCAUCAUUGAUAGAGAGACACAGAUUGCCAAGCAGAGUGUUAGACAGAACAACCGCAAGCGGGCUGUUUUGGCACUAAGAAAGAAGAAGUAUCAGCAGAAUCUGUUGGAGACUGUUGGAAAACAGGCAGAUACUCUUGAAGAGCUGAUCAACACCAUAGAAUUCAAGCUGAUCGAGAAGGAUUUCAUUUAUGGAAUAGAACAGGGAAACCAGGUUCUGAAACAGUUGAACAAAGAAAUGAGCAUGGAGAAGGUCGAUAAGAUCAUGGACGACUCGGAGGAGGGAAUCAGGUACCAAGAGGAGCUGAGCGACCGUUUGGGAGAACUGAUGUCCAAGAGUUUGGAGGACGAGGUCGAUCUUGAACUGGAGCAACUAGAACAACAGGAGAGAUCGAAACAGGAUGUCUCCACGAAACUUCCAGAUGCCGUCACGAACCCGCUUCCGGAAAUCGAAACUCCGCAAGAACAACAGCCGGCUCAAGACGAACAACACGAACAACAACCCGCACUACUUCCUGCAUAG